CUCAGCUCUCCGGGCGCGUCCAGGACCCGCUGCGCCAGGCGCGCCAUCCCCGGACCCGGCGUGCGUCCCCACGAGGACGGUGACCCCGCCGCUCGACCCACCUCUCCGCCCCGCUCCCUGCCGCCGUGGCCGCCCCCGGCGAGGGGCCCGGAGAAAGCCGAGCCCGCCCUCGCCCCCGGCCCCGCAGCCCUCCCGCCGCUCUGCGCGCCAUGGACGCCCCGGAGCCGCAGCCCGAGCCCGACGGCGGGGACGCCCCAGGCCACGAGCCCGGGGGCAGCCCCCAAGACGAGUUCGACUUCUCCAUGCUCUUCGAUUAUGUCUAUUUGAAUCCCAUUGAAGAAGAACCGAAUGCACAUAAAGUCGCCAGCCCACCCUCCGGACUCGCAUACCCCGAUGAUGUCCUGGACUAUGGCCUCAAGCCAUACAGCCCCCUCGCCAGUCUCUCUGGCGAGCCCCCCGGCCGAUUCGGAGAGCCGGAUAGGGGAGGGCCCCAGAACUUUCUGAGCCCGGCCAAGCCAGUGGGGGCCUCGGGCCUGAGCCCUCGGAUCGAGAUCACUCCGUCCCAUGAACUGAUGCAGGCAGGGGGGCCCCUCCGCGGGAGAGACACUGGCCUGCUGGUGGAGCAGCCGCCCCUGCCGGGGGUGGCCGCCAGCCCGAGGGUCACCCUGCCCGUGCCUGGCUUCGAGGGCUACCGCGAGCCCCUCUGCUUGAGCCCCGCUAGCAGCGGCUCCUCUGCCAGCUUCAUUUCCGACGCCUUCUCCCCCUGCACCUCGCCCUGCGUCUCGCCCAAUAACGGCGGGCCCGACGACCUGUGUCCGCAGUUUCAAAACAUCCCUGCUCAUUAUUCCCCCAGAACCUCGCCAAUAAUGUCACCUCGAACCAGCCUCGCUGAGGACAGCUGCCUGGGCCGCCACUCGCCCGUGCCCCGUCCAGCCUCCCGCUCCUCGUCGCCUGGUGCCAAGCGGAGGCAUUCGUGCGCCGGGCCCUUGGUUGCCCCACUGCCCGGAGCCUCACCCCAGCGCUCCCGGAGCCCCUCGCCGCAGCCCCGGGACGACGGCGCCCCCGCUGGGUACCCCCCCACGGCUGGCUCUGCCGUCCUCAUGGAUGCCCUGAACAGCCUUGCCGCGGACUCGCCUUGUGGGAUCCCCCCCAAGAUGUGGAAGACCAGCCCCGACCCGUCGCCGGUGUCUGCCGCCCCCUCCAAGGCCGGCCUGGCCCGCCACAUCUACCCGGCCGUGGAGUUCCUGGGGCCGUGCGAGCAGGAGGAGAGGAGGAACUCGGCGCCCGAGUCCAUCUUGCUGGUGCCUCCGACUUGGCCCAAGCAGCUGGUGCCCGCUCUUCCCAUCUGCAGCAUCCCAGUGACCGCAUCCCUUCCUCCACUUGAGUGGCCACUCUCCCACCAGUCGGGCUCCUAUGAGCUUCGGAUUGAAGUGCAGCCCAAGCCACACCACCGGGCCCACUACGAGACGGAAGGCAGCCGAGGGGCCGUCAAAGCUCCAACUGGCGGCCACCCUGUGGUUCAGCUCCAUGGCUACAUGGAAAACAAGCCCCUGGGACUUCAGAUCUUCAUUGGGACGGCCGAUGAGAGGAUCCUUAAGCCCCAUGCCUUCUACCAGGUGCACCGGAUCACGGGAAAAACUGUCACUACCACCAGCUACGAGAAGAUCGUGGGCAACACCAAAGUGCUGGAGAUCCCUCUGGAACCAAAAAACAACAUGAGGGCGACCAUCGACUGUGCCGGGAUCCUGAAGCUGAGAAAUGCCGACAUUGAGCUGCGGAAAGGUGAGACGGACAUCGGCCGGAAGAACACGCGGGUGAGGCUGGUGUUCCGGGUGCACAUUCCAGAGUCCAGUGGAAGGAUCGUCUCCUUGCAGACAGCGUCCAACCCCAUCGAGUGCUCCCAGCGAUCCGCCCACGAGCUGCCCAUGGUGGAGAGGCAGGACAUCGACAGCUGCCUGGUCUACGGGGGCCAGCAGAUGAUCCUCACCGGACAGAACUUCACGGCCGAGUCCAAGGUCCUGUUCACCGAGAAGACCACAGAUGGGCAGCAAAUUUGGGAGAUGGAAGCCACGGUGGAUAAAGACAAGAGCCAGCCCAACAUGCUUUUUGUUGAGAUUCCUGAGUAUCGGAACAAGCAUAUCCGUACCUCCGUGAAGGUGAACUUCUAUGUCAUCAAUGGGAAAAGGAAACGAAGCCAGCCUCAGCACUUUACCUACCACCCAGUCCCAGCCAUCAAGACGGAGCCCACCGAUGAAUACAACCCCACUUUGGUGUGUAGCCCCAGCCACGGGGGCCUGGGGAGCCAGCCUUACUACCCCCAGCACCCGAUGGUGGCCGAGUCCCCCUCCUGCCUCGUGGCCACCAUGGCUCCCUGCCAGCAGUUCCGCUCGGGGCUCUCGUCCCCUGACGCCCGCUACCAGCAGCAGAACCCCGCGGCCGUCCUCUACCAGCGGAGCAAGAGCCUGAGCCCCAGCCUGCUGGGCUACCAGCAGCCGGCCCUCAUGGCCGCCCCGCUGGCCCUGGCGGACGCCCACCGCUCGGUGCUGGUGCACGCUGGCUCCCAGGGCCAGGGCUCGGCCGCGCUCCACCCAUCUCCGGCCGGCCAGCAGGCCUCACCCGUGAUCCACUACCCGCCCGCCGGUCCCCAGCUGCGCUGCGGAGGCCGCCAGGAGUUCCAGCACAUCAUGUACUGCGAGAACUUCGCACCCGGCAGCGCCAGGCCCGGCCCACCGCCCACCGGUCAGGGCCAGAGGCUGAGCCCUGGGGCCUACCCCACGGUCAUUCAGCAGCAGAAUGCCCCCAGCCAAAGAGCCGCCAAAAACGGACCCCCGGUCAGUGACCAAAAGGAAGUGUUACCCACGGGAGUGAUAAUUAAACAGGAGCAGAACCUGGACCAGACCUACUUGGAUGAUGAGCUGAUAGACACACACCUUAGCUGGAUACAAAACAUAUUAUGAAACAGAAUGACUGUGAUCUUUGAUCCGAGAAAUCAGAGUGAAAGUUAAUGAAAUUAUCAGGAAGGAGUUUUCAGGACCUCCCGCCAGAAAUCAGACGUAGAAGAAGCCAUUAGCAAGACACCUUCUGUAGCUGACCCCUCGGAGCCUUCCACUGCCCCCACCUCUGUUCCCUUUACUGUACGUCUCCUGGCCUGGAUCCCACACGCGGGACAUGUUCUGGCAGGAAGCUGACUCUCGAUUCAGGAGCUCGCCACCUCCCUCUGUAAACACCAGAGAGAACACUCUGCCUUUUGAUUUUUGAUUUAAAUCCCAAAGAGCAUCUCGGUUGACCUUAAGGGUGUCCCAUCCACACCUUAAGUGCCUGCUGAUCAAACACACAUUCUGAACAAGACAGCAUGCUGGACCACGCCGAGAUGGAGUGACCGGAGCCCCGGGGGCCCGGGCUGGGGUGGGGCAGAAGAGGUGGGCACUGUGAUUAAACGGCAGCCGUGCAUUCCUUUUUCCAGGUCCCAGAUACAGCCCCUGGACCUUUUGAAGGACAGGCAUUCUCAAAGAGAGCACCCACCCACCCAAAGAACUGGGCCCAAGAGUCUGGCUCCCAGGCUGAAGAAACGCAGAGAAGCCGGACCGGCAUCCUUGGGCAUCGCCUAUACUCGGCCACAGCUAAAGCUUUAUUUUUCACUUUUCUCCUUCGGAAGCAAAACUGGCCUGUACGAGAUCCCCUGUUAAAACUUCUCGGCGUUAAGUUAUGACAUGUGUACACAAUUGUUGUAUUUCUCUCUGCUUCCAAAAGCUGGCCAGCUGCUCUUCCCCCGCAGCGCGCACGGACUGGAGCAGGUACCCGGGCGGCAGGGCGCGCUGGCCGCCGCAGCGCUGCAACCUAACAGCUUUGUGAUGUUCCCGCUUUCUUUCUUCCUAACAGCCAGAUUGCUUUUCCCAUAAAGUAGUUAAGAAUCUCAAGCAUGUGCAUUGAAUUUUGAGAAGGAAUGGCAGAAAGGCUAAAGCAACCAAAAAAAAAAAAAUGGUGUUUUUGUUAAGUGAAACGGUGUGCGAUGAGGUGGUUGGCAGGCUUCGGUGUUUCUGAGCGAUUCCCUGGUGAUAGAGGAAAAGGGCUGAGUUUCCUCUCUGGCCUAGGCUCAAAGUGGGACACUCAAGCUCAGGAUUUGGCCCCAAAGUCAUUGGUGGUUUUUCCCUGAACCCAUUUAAUGCUCCCCCUCGGCCGCAUGACCUGUCUGCGUUCGCUGCCUCGUCCAGCACAGGAGUCGUCUGGGUAGAUGCAGACGCGCUCCCGCGCAUCCCUUAGUUUGAAUGAGCUCUGCUCAGACCAGCUGUACGGUAUUCGUGAUUUCUACCCCAGUUGUUUCUCCCCACUGGGCACCCCCAGAGUCCUCCAGAGUCUUCCCCUUUGGAUGCAAACAAAUAAAACCUCAAAGUUCUUGGCAGGUGAGUUUUUAUCACACAGACGUGUGUCUGUUGCAUUUGUUGACACCCCAGGACAAGCCGGGGACUCUUUUUCAGCAGUUCAGCUGCUUCUCCAGUAAUCGGCACAGAGCGUGGGUAUCCCUCGCGCUCUUCCCGGGCCGACCUCAGAGUGAUGUCUCAGUCACACCUGCUGGGCAGAAGGCCUGAGAAGAGCAUCGUGGCCGUUAAGGGCCCACUGGGGGUUUUCUAAGUCCUGGCUUUCUCAUCAAGGUGACCCAGAGUAGAACCUCCCUGAGAGCUGGGCCAGGAGCACAGGUCUUGGUGACCAUGGCCUGGCGUGUUUGGUGCUCCCGAGAGAGGACAGGAUGCCCCGGUGGGGCCGUUGCACCCUCCUGUAUAUAACCUUUUGGUCGAGACCUAGCAUUUAUUUCCCCCCAACAGCAGGGGACCUCUCUUCCACCCACCCCAAGCACAGAGUUUAGCAAAGUUCUUUUAAACAAACGGAAUGCCAGUAAGAAGUUGAGCGCUCCUGCAAAGCUUCUGGGAUGGCAAAAUUCUUCCUAAUAAAAAGUUUGCUGUACAAGCGGCUUUACCUAAAGGACUUUCUCUCCAGCCACGUUGGCUUCACCCGGGAAGAGCUAGUGUCUGGUGAGCGAUUCGUUCUCGCUUGACCUGGCUGGGAACCAUCUUUUGCACAUGAGAGAAUUUGGCUUUUCCUCAGUUAUCUGAAUGUUUUACCCAAAUGCCUUCCUGCUAUUGUAGCAAAGUCGCUCAGCUUCAUUGUGCAUGGGGUGAAAAAGGACUAACGCAUUUUCAUCAAUCUUCUAACCAGGUUAGUGAAACGGGCCUCCUGGUAGUUCAAACCCUGUACUUAUAUGUGUAUGUGUGUAUGUGUACAAUACACACACAAACGCUCUUCUUCUCAGACAUCCUAGCUGGAUAUUAUAGGAAGCACUUUCAUAAACAACUAUACCAAAUAGCAAAGGAAAGAGAAACAGAAGCAUUAGUUUUGAGACAUAAACAGGCAAGAGAAAGUGUACUAGGAACCGACAGCUAUCAAGAAAGUUUUGUCAGUAACAGAUGCCAGGAGGAAAUGUUGCCAAGAGUAACUGCUUGUGAAAUAUUUCCAGUAUGGGAAGAGGCAAUAAGAUCCUCUAAGAGAACGAGAAAGUACCGAUGUCUAAAUGGUAAGGCUGUGUGUGUUACACGUGGUAGAAGGAUCUCAGGUUGAGGUUUGCACUUGCUACAUCGAGGAGAUGUAAAUACGUAGCACUUCCAGCAGAAAUCUACCAUGUCGCUGAAUGUAGUGUAUUUCCAAAGUUUGCAAGCCUUCCUGUAUUGUACAAAAAUACUGCUGCUUGAUAAUAUAUAAUAGCCAUCCAAAUUAAUUAGUAUGUUAUUAAAUUUUAUUUUCUUAUCUGUAUUUUUAUGCUUUUUAUCUGUCCUCAAGAUAUUGCACCCCUGUUGGAAUUAGAAAAUAUUUAUAAAUGGUCAGAAAUCUUUUUUUAAGUGUCUCUUUUUACAUAUAUGUUGAUGAUUUUUUCCCCCUCGAGAAAUGAUGUAUUCUUGAAAAUUUGUUAAUCAUUCCAGGAAAAAAAAAAAAAAAAAAACCCCACCUCAGCACCUGUUAGUCACCAGUCUCCCAGGAGAACGCAUCUCCGGAGAAAGGAGGGGGCUGGCUUUGUGGAAGAAGGAACCACCCGUUUCAUGGGAAUGUUCCUCAUUUUCUUCAGCUCUGAGCCUGGAUCUUGUCACUGAGGACAGUUGUGUUGUAAAGUGCUGAGAACCCCCAAAUACGAGAUCUAGAAGGUGAUUUUGAAUUUUAACACACCAUCUGUGUUGUAAUGUGAUUCUAGAAGAGUUCCUGUUCACAGAACCCCGAGUUCAGGCUAGUGAUAACAGAGCUGACUGAAUCCAGGUGGCUCCCAGCUGUAUGCGUUAUCCAGGGGACGUCCAGAGUUUUCCAGCAUAGACACAGCCCAGGAUGAAUUGAGUUGGUUCCUUCUAAGAACUGGGAAGCCUUUCUUGUUUACAUCCAGUAGCCAAGACCUCCUUCUCAGGAAGCCAGCCUCAGCCAAGGUGGGAGCUGUCACAUUUCGACAGAUGAGAAGCCAAUGUGUUCUAAUUGUCACUCUGGACUAAAGGGAGGCUGAAUUUAUUUUCAUGUCAAAAAACACUUUCCAAGUGCUUUCUGUGGUUCGGAAUUGAAAGAACGUCAAGGGUUCAGUUCACACUUUUGUUCACGUUUACAAGAGGCGUGGGGUUGUGACAUUCUUGACAAGCUGGGGGAAACGUCCCUGAACUCAUUGUCUGGAGGGACAGCCUUUUAGCAGGUGCCCAACACAUCUUAACCUCAGGUCUCCCAAGCUUGGGACUUGGGCAUUAAUCUCCUGGAGCCCAAGCAGCCAGUGCAGGUGUCUUUGUGUGCUGACUGCAUGCUUAAGCAAAGAGCGUCCCGUGAAACUGAUUGCAGACAUCAGUUUCCCUCAGCUUUCAUGAGUGCCUUGAGUUACAGCCAACACCACUGUCUUAACUCAGUUUGUUUAAAAAACAAACUUUUCUGGUGAUUGGUAAGGCACAAGCAAGUCCCUCCGACAGUGAGAUGGGGUGUUGGGUGCUGGAAGUAAGGCUCUGCCCUUUGCCUUGAUGCGUCUGUUGGCAGAUGAGAAUAAACUCCACCUGCCCAGUUCAGGGUCUGGAUGAAUUGGUUGCUAAUCAUGUUUCCACUAGAGUAGGUACUUAUAGCAUUCUGAUUGGCUGAGCAGGAGGAGGCUGUAGUUGGGAGAACCUCAGCAUCCUGAGCAUCUUGUCAAGAACCUCACUUACCCACGUCGCCUCUACAGCCCUCCAGGGGAGGAAAUGUUGAGAAUGUCCUAAUUAUUCUCCAACAAAUAGAAAGAAGUCUCUCCAAUGGGGCGGUGCUUGAGGGCUUAGGUUUUGAAAAUCUUGACUGUUAAAGGAGUCUGAAUACAUCACAUUCCUAUGCAAAACAUUUUUAAUCUCCAGUUUAAUGUAGUUUAUUUUUGCUAUAUGUAAAGUAUUUUUAUACGGCUUGUAUCCUGAUAGUUUAGCAAUAAAACCAUU